AUGAAGGUGCCGGAUGAUUCCGGAGGCCCUUGGGACUGUUCUUCAAGACAAGCUCAGAAGGAGGUCACUCGCCGACUCAGCCGUCUCGAUGCCCACAGAGCUCUUGAAACUUUCGCCACCUUGGCCAAGCAGAAGGUGCAGCUGAAUGCCUUCCAUGCCAGUGCCGUGGCUGUGGCCUGUAGCAAGGAGAGUCAAUGGGAGCAGUCUCUGGCAUUGCUGUCGGAGCUGGCUCAGCAGACGAUUCAGACGGACGUCGUCGUGUUCAACGCUGUGACUCUAUCAUGUGCAACAUGCCAAAAGUGGGCAACAGCCUUGGGCCUCUGCCUUUCAAUGCAAGGGAUAUCAGUGCCUCCUAACGACAAGACGCUCUGCACGGCUUCGAACGCCUGCGCUGGUGCUGCACAAUGGGAGGAGAGCCUGCGCAUCACCGAGACAGACUUCAAGAAUGCAAAUUCAGCAAAGGUAGCCUGCAACACAGCUCUUCGCGCCUGUGGCAUGUGGUCACUCUGGCGAUCGGCAUUGGAAGUGGCUGCUUCCUUGCGCUGCUGCUUUGUCGAGCUUGAUCAAGUUGCAGCUACAGCUACAAUUCGCUUGUUAACAAGCGCCUCGCAGUGGCAGCGGUCGCUACAAAGUGAACAGGUGACAGGGGUCAUCGUCUCCGAGGAUCCGAUCACAAGCAGCGCGUUGAUGGCAGCUGAAGGGGAGGCAGCUCUCUGGGAGGAAGCACUGUCACUACUGUGGACCAUGGUCUCGAAGCGGUCUGCCGACGUCUUCAGCUUCAGCACGGCCAUGACAGCCUGCACCGCCGGCGGCGAAUGGGAGCUUGCCUUGGAGCUUCUCAGCUCGAUGAACGAGGAGCAAGUUCGUCCCAAUGUCGUGGCCCUGAGCGCUUUGCAAGCCGCGGCGGCUGCCGGCAGCUGUUGGCGCGAAGCACUGGAGCUUUUGGCUACUAUGGUCGAGACAGCUCAGGCACCGAACGAGAUCACGCUCCUGGCAGUCAUCGAUGCCUGCGGUUCAGGCCAGAAGUGGAAUGCAGCCCUGGGGCUGCUGAUGUCGGCUCAGGAGCUGAGGAUUCGACUCUCCCAAGCCAGCUACACCGUCGCCAUGAGCGCAUGCGAAGCGGGACGUCAGUGGGAACAGGCUUUGUGCACCUUGCGUUCUAUGCCAUCAGCCGCCUUGAUGCCAAAUGAGAUAUCACUCUCGGCCACCACGCUGGCUUGUCAAAGACAAGCAGGUUGGGUCAUCGCGUUGCAGCUUCUCGGCAGAGGGCCCUUGAAGGUCGGCUUGGGCAGCGUGAGCGCUCUACGCUUGGCCGCCCUUCUGGGCAGCUGUGAAAAUGUGGAGCAGUGGGUUGUGGCGCUGUCACUGAUGCUCCUUCUCACAAGCAGCCGAGUCCAAUCCAGCGCAAUGACAGGCAAUGCAGCACUCAGCGCAUGUGCAGCUGCUAGCCGAUGGCGGCAGUCGCUGAACAUCGGCCUCGACACAGGUGUGCGGCCUUCUGCCAUUACUUUCAGCUCGAUGCUGAGCGCAUUCAACAGAUCUGGCCACUGGCUGCUGGCACUCGGGACGGUGAGGAUGCUGCAGACAUGGAGAGUUCAACAGACAAGUUUCGGGGCAACUGCUGCAGUUCUCUGCUGUGCGGAGCAGAGCCACUGGACCUUGGCGCUUCGCAUGCAUGAGGAGCAACGCGCGGGUGUAGAAGGAUUGGCCGGGAUGGCGCUCGCGGCUGAGCGGAUCAGAUUCGAGGUCUACUGCUGUGCAGCUUGCGGUGCCCAUUUCGCGCAGUACAAGGAUUUGCUGUCGACGAAUUUCCGGGGCAGGACAGGCAAUGCACUGCUCUUCAACCAAGUGAUCAAUGUCACGGCAGGACCUUUGGAAGACAGUGUGAUGACCACAGGCUUGCACACGAUCCGGUGCCUCUUUUGCGUGGUCUGUGAAGAGCGCGUCGGAUGGAAAUAUGAGGUGGCUUUCGAGGAGGAUCAGAAGUACAAGGAAGGCCGCUUUAUCCUCGAAGAAGAGCUGCUUUCAUCCACAGUGCAGGGGAUGAACUGA